AUGUUCAUCUACAUAGAAAAAAUUAUUCAAAGAGCCUUAGACGAUGCAAAAAAUACUUUAAAAACCCUGGGAAUAGAAUCAGAUAAUGAUGAAGCAUUUACAGAUAUUAUAUUAGUUAAAUUUACUGAUCUUCAAAAUGAGGAUUGUGACACUGACAAAGAAAAAUAUCCAGAAAAUGUAAUGUAUGAUACUCAUGAACAAGGCAUAAUAAAUAAAAAUUACCUAAACGAUUUUGGUGAUUUUUUAAACAUGAAAUGCAAAGACUAUAAAACAAAUACCAGAAGUCUGGUGAAAUGCGAAGUAAAUAAUAAAAUUAUUAAAAUAAAAAAGUCUUCUUUGUGUUGGCUACUUGAUGGAUACAAAAACAAAUUAUCUUCCGACAGACUAAUUCGUGUUCGAUUCCAAAAUUCAACCAAAACUACCAAACAAAUAACAGUUUCAUUAGAAAAAUAUUACGCCAUUUUCUAUUUUGAAAAAUGGUUUAUCGGCAGAAUAAUAGAAGUUAGGCCUAACCAUUUUUUUAAAGUUAAGUUUUUACAAGAUUCCCUUGAUUAUCUGGAUUGGCCAAAAAAAGAAGAUGUAGCUGUGGUGGACAUAAAAUAUAUAUUUUUUGGACCCAUUGACAUGAUUGGUUCUUGUCCUUUUCAAAUCACUCAAGAAGUGCGACAUAGCAUUUGUAAAGAGUACAAAAAUUUAAAACGUGUUGGCUUGUGAAAUAUUUUUAUAGGUUCUUAAUUUUUUAAGUAAGAAUAUUAUUUUUGUUAUAUGGUUGACAUUUUGCUUGUUUGUUUUAUCUUAGUGACUGUCUUGCUGAAAAUAGUUUUUAUAUUUAAACUAUUUGAAACGCC